AUGAAAGUGCUGCUACUAAUAUUUUUAAUCUGUAUAAAUUACGCGAUAAGCAAAGAAGAAUGGAACAAGAAGAAAUCAUUCCCGAAGAAAGUGAACCCAGACGUGGACAGGAGCCUCCAUUUGAGAAGAUACAUCAUAAAUAAGCCCGUGGAAAUAACGAAAAAACGGAACACGAAUCUGAAAGAUUACACAUUUUUCCCGUCGUCUGCCAAACGUGAUGGUCAAGCUGUAGGUAUUCCCGAAAGUCCCUAUUUCCAAGUCGACGAAAACUACAAGGUGGAUAAGGAACUAUAUGAAUCAGGUUUCAAAAGAAAGAGAUCAGUAGACGGGAGCGAACAUAAUGUCGAGAACGUCGUAUCACGACGCAAGCGAGCUGUCGCACAGAAGCUGAAUCCUUUACGUAACUUACGGCGCUCUGGGAAGUCGAAGAAAUCAAAACCUAAGCAAAAACAAAGCAACAGAAGUAAACCCAAAAAGAUUGUGAAAAAGAAAACGAAUGUGGUGAAGAGGCGAGUUGAUAACAGACGGCUGAUCGCUGCUAAAGACGCGUUGAUUGAGGAGUACCCUUACACGGUGUCGGUCCAGAAAGGCAACAUCCAUUGGUGCUCGGGGGCGCUGCUGAAUCAGAGGAUGGUCAUCACGACGGCCAACUGUGUGUGGAAAGGUAGCAGAAUGAGUCGCCUGAAAGUCCGCGCUGGAAGCCGCCACGUGGACCGUGGAGGUCAGGUCGCCAAGAUCCAGGAGAUGAUGAGGCACCCACGCUGGAGCAUCAGGGGGUACCCAGACUAUGACGUCGCGUUGUUGCUGCUCGAUAGAACAAUCAGAUUCUCCCAUUCAGUCCAUGGCGUGGAUCUUCCCAACAGGAUAAUGUUACCUCCAUUCAACGACGCCUGGGUCACCAGCUUCGGAUCUAACAGACGAGACGGCCUCUACCCAGAAACGGACAUGACUCUCCAAGUGUACUACGCCCAGCUGAUGGACCGCGAGAAGUGCAGCAACAUCACAAAGAGAUUCGGGAUCACCGUCACACCGAACUUCUUCUGUCUGGCGCAGACCGGGAGGAGAGCGCCUUGCACUCGCGACACCGGCGCGCCAGCGGUCAGCGACGGCGUAGUGUGGGGACUGGCUUCGUGGGGCAUUCGAAAACUUUGCGGCACCGAACGAUACCCAGCCGUCUACUCCUACCUGGGCUCCCACGGCAACAUGGAAUUCAUCACCAACGCGACUAAGGUCCUCAUGUCUGAAGAGAGGCACUAUCCGUUCCUGGACAGGUUUCAGAUGAGAACGGUGAACCGCAGUCAAAGGUUUACAACGCUGGAGUAUUAUACAGGGCAACACUGA